UCUUCGAAAGUGCAGACCAUCUUUUUUAAAAAUUUAAAUGGAUGGAAACCGUUGUGUGGUUUGCAGAAGAUUAAACCGCGUCACACAUAAGUAUGAGAUAAUUUCAUUCCUGCCAGUUUUGCAUUGACACAACAAAGGAACUCCAUUGCGGAAAUACGCAACGCAACGGCACGGCACGGCAAGUUGCCGUCAUGUUGGUGACAUUCACUCAUGAAAAUUAACAUUUGUCCUUUCCGAAAUUUUGAGUUAUCUCUUUAUCAAGGAAUAUAAAAUUAUUAGCCGUUUCCCCUUCCUGUCACAUCGUAGUAUCAAGAAAAUUAAACCUGCUGAAAGCAAUAAAAAGUCAAAGAAACUUGGCACGGUCUGGCGGAUGCAAUAGUAGGAACAUGUAACAGCAGAAAGGCGCGGCGCAACCUUCAGUUGUUUUUAAGUAUGUGUCUCGCAGUGUUGCUACUCGCAGCGGUGUCGCUCGUGCGAGGUCAGUCUCCGCCCGCAGUGAGUGAGCUGUGCAUGGGAUGCUUGUGCGAAGCCAACACGAACUGCGACCGGAGCUUCCGGUGCGAGGAAGGCGAGUGCGGGCUGUUCCGGAUCAGCGUUCCUUACUGGAAAGACGCCGGGAGCCCCGUCAUCAAGGACGACAAUGCCACGGACGACGGCGCGUUCCAGCGCUGUGUCCUGGACCCGUACUGCGCUGCGCGCACCGUGCAGGGUUAUAUGACCAGGUUCCACAAGGACUGUAACGGGGACAAGGCGGUGGACUGUCAAGACUUCGCGAUGCUGCACUACCUAGGUGCGGGCUGCGAGGGUGACCCUGACGAGGGCUUUGGGCAGUUCCGCGCCGCGCUGAACGAGUGCCUGGCCGAGGUCAUGAAGCUACCUGGGAGCUCUGGUCGAAUGUAAUUUGGCAGAGCAGUCAACCGCCGUCCGUAACUCGAUGGCUGGAUUUCAGGGGUGACGAAGGAUGAGGGUGGGUGUGUUGGGGGUGUUUUAGGCUGACCUCAGAAGAAAGAGACUACCGAUGUUGUACACCCUUAAUAACUUUCUGAACUGUUUUAUCGAAAUCAAUAUGCGGCCUUCGGAACGUUUGUUUUUAUAAUAAAUAGGGAAGUCGAAAAUUAUCACUAAUAGAUAUUGGAUAAUACUGUUUUCUCCAACCCACAGUUUUACCAAUUACAAUUAUUUUUUGUGUA